AUGAGCGUGAACGCGUUCGUGACCGGUGCCGUUGCCACAUCGGCGGUUACCAUCGUUAUUUGUCUAUUUUUUGCCGCAUGGAUAUUCGCGGAUGUGAAUGAAUUCUACGAUCGAACGAUGAGGGAUAUGCUUGAGUUUAAGGAUCUAUCGAGUGGAGCAUGGGACGCGUUGACCGAUCUUACGAUACCAGCAAAAACAUCAAAAUCCACACAAAAACAAUUCAGAACAGCUUUUCGUGAAAAACGACAUGGACGCGGAGGACGUGGUGGCGGUUACAGAGGAGGCGGUGGCGGCUACGGAGGCGGCGGUGGCGGUUAUGGUGGCGGUUAUGGUGGCGGUGGAGGCGGCUAUGUAGGCGGCGGAGGUGGUGGAGGCGGUUACGGAGUUGGAGGGGGAUCUUAUGGCAUUGGAGGAUAUAAAGGCGCGGGAUGCGGUCCUGGAGGAUGUAAUGGUGGUGGAGGUGGUUACGGAGUCGGAGGGGGCGGUAGUUGCACCUGCGGUCCCACGCCAAAUAUAUGUCCAUCUGGACCACCCGGACCACCAGGAGCUCCCGGUUUACGAGGACUUGACGGGGCUCCUGGUAAAAAAGGCCAACCUGGCUUACCGGGAUCAUCAUACGGUGUAGCACCAGUCGGAGGAGGAUGCAUCAAAUGUCCUGCAGGUCCACCUGGGCCACCUGGACUUGAUGGUGCUACGGGUCCACCUGGACCACCUGGAAGCGCAGGAAAAGGCGGUUACGCUGGUGCGGGCCAACCAGGACCACCAGGACCAAUGGGAGACCCAGGAAUACCUGGUGCACCGGGAAAACCCGGACGAGAUGGGCCUCCUGGGAAGCGCGGACAAGGAGCUGUAUCUUUACCAGGGCUACCAGGUCCCCCAGGACCUCCUGGUCCAAUGGGAAGUCCUGGCCAGGAUGGCAUGAUUGGAGUGGGUGCCCCUGGUACAACUGGACCUAUGGGUCCACCUGGACCACCUGGAGCGCCGGGUCCAGACGGAAUACCCGGAGCUCCCGGUCAACCCGGAGCUCAUGGUGCUGAUGGUGCAUACUGUCCCUGUCCUCCGCGGGGCGGUUAUGGAGGAGGCGGUCGAUUUAUGGGGAUUUCCAAGAGCAAGAAACUCGUAUCCAAAGCAGCUAGAACGAUGUCCGCGGCUGCUCGUAAGGUAGCAGCAAAUUAA